AUGGGAACAGAGUUUUGCAAAGAUGCCUGCUACAGAGAGCAACCCAAUGGACUGUGCAGGAUUCAUAAGGAGAGACACAAAUUUAUUGCUCCCCUGGUGCAGACACUGCUUCAGCAAAUGCAGAACAAAUUUCAGACCAUGUCUGACCAAAUUAUUGGAAGAAAUAUCCUUUUCUUGCAUGAAGUUGAUGACAUGAGCUACCGCAUCGAUGACCUGGAGAAGAACAUCGCGGAUCUGAUGACGCAGGCGGGAGUGGAAGAGCUGGAAGGAGAGAACAAGACCCCUGCUGCUAACAAGAGUUAA